AAUAAGGGGGGUCCAACUUCCUCACUCUCUCACCAUUUUUUCACAAAUCAAAACCACUUUUCAUUUUAUCAUCUUGUAAAACUAAAACAUACCAUGUUAUGAAUAUACACGAUUGAUGAUCGAUAACAAUUCCGUGUUCUAUUCACACUCAUAACCACUUCAUUAAAUCUUCUUCUACUUCUCUCGCUAGAUCUCUUCCUUCUUCUACAGUGCAUAGGAAGAAAAGGAGAAAUGGCUGUACAUGACCAGCCUGGUUUUGGAUGGUGUAAACCAGGUGUUUUAAAGAUUGUAUUAGGGUUUCUAGGUAUGGGUUUGAUUGGUUACAUCUUAGGUCCUCCUUUAUACUGGCAUCUAACAGCUGCUCUCAGUCAUGAUUCUUCUUCUGUUUCUUCUUCCACUUGUCCACCAUGUGUUUGUGAUUGUUCUGCUCAACCACUUAUAGCUAUGCCGGAAGGAUUGAGCAACAACUCAUUUGCAGAUUGUGUAAAACAUGACAUGGAUGUCAGUGAAGACAUGGAGAAGAAUUUCGCAGAGCUCCUUUCGGAGGAAUUGAAACUUCGAGAAGCUGAAGCUUUGGAAAGUCAGCGUAAGGCUGACAUGGCAUUACUUGAAGCAAAGAAAAGUGCAUCUCAGUAUCAAAAGGAGGCAGACAAGUGCAAUUCAGGUAUGGAGACAUGUGAAGAGGCGAGGGAGAAAUCUGAAGCUGCAUUAGCAGCGCAGAAGAAGUUGACUGCCAUGUGGAAACUGAGGGCUCUUCAGCGAGGAUGGAAAGAAGGAGCGGUCAAUUCAAGAUAAAUACUAAUUGAAUUUCAAAGGGCACCCUUGGUUUUUAUCUUCUCGUGAGGCUAUACACUAUUAAUAGCUUUAAAGGAUAAACCUUGAAGAGGGUAUUUUGAUGUAUAACGAUGUCCGAAAUGGAAAAGGUUUUGGGUUCUGCUUUUCCCUUCGCUGAGUCCAGCCAUCCAAUUAGUUGUACUUAGAUUAAUGAAUCUGACAAACUGGUUCAAGGUUCUAGUUAUCGUUUUUGGUUUUCUGCUACUUUUCAGUUGGUAAAGAAAUACGUAUUGUCAGCCUAUUCAUAUCCUCGUAUGUUCAGAACAGUUAAUUAUGUUAAUAAGAACGAGUGCUCCUGUCUCAUAGUUAAGAAAGUCCUAUUGAACAGCA